UCGGCGUCGGUCUUGUUAUUGAAAUUAAAAGUGCAAUUUUAAUAACGUCAUAAUCAGAAUAGAUUCAGAGAUUGCAGUUCUAUUAGUGCUUAUAACAGUGAGAGAAAUUCAAAAAUGAAGAUUAUAUCAUUUGAAGUGAUUGUAUUAUCAAUGACAAUUAUCUGUAUUACCACGCCCACUUUGGGGCAGUUCGUUGGACGAUUUGAAGAUUCCCAAAGUCGACAGCAGUGCUUGACGCCCGAACACUAUCUAGGGACUUGUGUGGCGCUCAUCGAUUGCCCUCAGGUGACAGAAGUCUACAAUUUUAGAGACGAUCGCGUAGGCACACAAUAUGUGCUCGCCUUGCAUCGCAGUUGUGGAACGCGGAGUGUCAACGGGGAACCAAUUGUCUGUUGUACGAGAUCCACGUCGAAGUCCCAGAUAGAUCCAACCCCAAAUCCAGAUAUAACAAACGUAAUACUAUCACUGACUUCAACAACACCAAGGACACACACAAGUACUGCCGCCAAAAUUAAUAGUUCUAGCUAUUAUAGUCUCUAAGAUCUAUAUAGGCUAGGCUGUGAACCCUGAAGAAGAUUUUUCCUUCUGUAUAGUGACACAAUGUUAUAAUACACUUCUGCAAAAAUAAUCUAGGUAAUAGGAAAGUUAAGCAAAUUCCGAUUCAGAUAAAUAAAUAGGAAAAGACUCCAGGAUGUAGGCAUGUAUCUUGUAAAUAUCUUGAGAUACAAUAA